GUGAAGGUCUUGGAAUCCACAAACAUCUAUCCGGCCAGAAAUCUUACUUGCGAAUUCAACAAGAGUUGGAAGAAAAGUUGGGACGUCCUGUCUCGCUUGGAGAGGUGUUUGUCGCAACACAUACAAAGGCAGAUGGAAGUUUUGUUGAUCAGAAGGCCAAACAAGUUGUGGAGACAUAUGAGAAGAACAUAGAGGAGGUAAUGUCUCAAAUGGAGUCUGAUGUUACAGACCACUCCUCGCCAGAUUCUCCUCAUGCAACCGUCCUCCCCAUUCAAGAAAAAGAUGACAUUUUCUUAAAGUGUACUGUAACGAAUGCCAAGGGAACCCCCUUUGGACUUGGAAGUCUCUCGGAGAUAAUCACCAAAGGGAAAAGAAAGGCUACUUAUCCAAGCUCUAGUCCAGAUUCGCUGUUAGAGAUUCAAGAACAACUCCAGGUUGCUCGUCGUAAGCUCGCUGAUCAAGAUGAAGAAAAUGCUCGACGUGCCAGAGAAGAUGCUAGACGUGAUGAGGAGCAACGUGACGCUCAAAACCGCAUUGCAACCUUGGAGAUGCUCGUAUCCUACUUGAAGACUAGUGAUCCGGGGGUUGCAGAAUUCUUGUCUACUCAACCACCAGCCAAUGCGCCAUUAACCACAGCAGCACCAGCAACCAACAUCACUCCAGCCACUGCGACCAAUGUCAACCCACCCGCAACAACCACUUCAGGAGCUAGUUCACCAUCUACUUCACCUGCGACUGCACCAACCACUUCACCUUUGUCAGUAUCAUCCUCUCAUGCUUAACAAACUAAUUCUAUCUCUUUUAAGCCUCUAUAACUAUUUUUUGGAUUGUGUAGUAGUGUUUCUAGAUCCUUAGCC